AUGAGAGGUGCUAAUCAAAUUGACCAUGUUAUGAUCGACAAAAGACUCGCAACUUCUAUAGCUGACGUUAGAUCAUACAGAGGUGCGAAUUGCGACUCAGGUCAUUACUUAGUUGUUGCUAAAGUACAUCAACGUAUUUCAGAUGUGAAUAGUAGAAACAACUUCAAAAGAACUAUAUGGAACACAAGCAAAAUUAUUGAAAGUACUUCAGAACGCGUAGGAUUUCAGCAAAAAGUAGAAGAAAAGAUUAAUGGAAAUCAACGUGAAAACGAGACUAAUGUAUCUGAUAAAUGGAACAACAUAAAAAGUAUACUGAGCCAUGCGGCAAAUGAAACAAUCGGCAAAAAAAUCAAUAAUUCAAAUGAAUGGUACGAUCAGCAAUGCAAGCAAUUGAACGAAACGAAAACGCAAGCUAAAAGGAAAUGUUUAGGUGCACCAACGAGACAAAACUUACAAGACUACCAACAAAAAAGAGGAAUCGCUAAGAAGGCGAUAAGGAAAAGGAAAAAGCGAGACAAACAGAAAAUCAUAGCGAGAUGGAUGCAGCAUUUCGGCGAACUCCUGAACAGCGAAAAUGGAAACGAAUUUGAUAAUGAUAAUGGCAACCAUGAUACAAUAUUGUACCGUACAGUCGAGAAUGUGAUGGAGCUACCCACACUUAAUGACAUUAAAAAAGCUUUAAAUAAGCUAAAAAACAACAAGGGUGGAGGUGAAGACUCUAUCACUGCAGAAUUAUUGAAAUACAGCGGUACAAGGGUAUUUAGUGAAUUACGUGGCAUAGUAUGUCAGGUAUGGCAAGAAGAGACCAUACCACGGGAAUGGCUUACGAGCAUCAUGAUUCCAAUUCAUAAGAAAGAAGACAAGACAAUAUGCAACAAUUAUCGUGGUAUAUCACUAUUAGAUACUGGAUACAGGGUAUUCACAAAUGUAUUAUACGAUAGAAUUAAUUUAUUUGCUGAAGAAAUAUUGGGUGACUAUCAGUGCGGUUUCAGACAAAAUCGAUCUACGACAGACCAAUGCUUUAUACUGUGUCAAAUCUUUGAAAAAUUUUUUGGAUAUUCUAUUGACAUGCAUUGUUUGUUCGUAGAUUUUAAGCAAGCGUUUGACAGCAUAAAUAGGUCAGGAAUAGAGCAAAUUCUUCAAGUUAAUGGCAUACCCAAGAAAUUAAUUAAAUUAACAAUGAUGACACUUACGAAUACGGUUGCCAAAGUACUUAUUCAGGGAGAGUUAUCAAACUCGUUUGAAAUGAACUCAGGCGUAAGACGGGGCGAUGCGCUAUCGUCUUUAAUUUUUGAUCUUGUGUUAGAUAGCGUUGUUAGGGAUGUAGAUCCCGGCGGUACAAUAUUCAAUAAAAGCGUACAAAACAAAGUAUAUGUUCGAACCAACAAUAAAUCCCGAUCGCCACAGAAUUUGGUGAUCGGUGGUCAUGAAUUUGAAGCGGUUGGGGAAUUUAAUUAUCUUGGCAUGUUAUUAAGUUCUGAUAGGGAAACAUCAAUUGCCAUAUUACGACGAAUUCAAUCUGCAAACAAAACAUAUUAUGCCCACAGAAAACUGCUGCACUCAGGGCUUCUAUCAAGAAACCAAAAAUUACAAAUGUACAAAACGCUGAUAAGGCCGGUUCUAACAUAUGGAUGUGAAAUUUGGACAUUAAAAUCUACCGACAUCGGUGCACUUGCAUCGUUCGAAAGAAAAAUACUUAGAGGUAUAUAUGGACCAAUAAGAUCUGACGACGGUUCUUACCGAAUUGGGUAUAAUCACGAAAUCGAAAAUUUAAUAGAGGGGCGAAAUGUAAUUGGGUUCAUAAAAGCAGAAGGGAUUAGAUGGCUGGGACAUCUAUUAAGAAUGGAUGAUGCAAGAGCAGUUGGAAAAGUUUUUAAAGGAGUGCCUGAAGGAUACAGGAGACGUGGCCGGCCAAGAAAAAGAUGGAUCGAAGACGUAGAAGCAGAUUUAAGAUCAAUGACCGUCGUUAAUUGGAACAAUCUUGCAAAGCAGAAAGAUCAAUGGCGGGCGGUGGUAGCAGAAGCUAUGGUUCACCCCGGACUGUAA